CAAUCGUCGCAAAUACCACUCACAAAAAUCCACAUUAAUAAAAACACACCGUAGAGCAACACACGCAAAAAUUCAAAAAAUUGGCCAACCGCUGAAAUAUAGCGCCAAAUAUUUAGAAGCGAAUAAGAAAAAAUAAAAAACCAUCACAGAAAAAGAAAUCUACAGUAGCGGAGAAAAUACAUAGCGAAAGAACUUAUUUUUUGUAUAAGUAUUAUUAAGUAGACACAACAACCAACAAAAGACAAAAAUGUCCGACCGCAAAGCAGUUAUUAAAAAUGCCGAUAUGAGCGAAGAAAUGCAACAGGAUGCUGUUGAUUGUGCGACACAAGCAUUGGAGAAAUAUAACAUUGAAAAGGAUAUCGCCGCUUUCAUCAAAAAAGAAUUCGACAAGAAAUAUAACCCCACAUGGCAUUGUAUUGUAGGAAGAAAUUUUGGAUCCUAUGUCACACAUGAAACACGCCAUUUCAUAUACUUUUACUUAGGUCAGGUGGCCAUUCUGUUAUUCAAGAGCGGUUAAAUUAGUUUGAAGUAAAAAUUUAUCUUAAAGAAUAAUAAUAAUAAAAAAAAAGCAUCCAACAAACCAACCAUUCAAACCACAAAACAACAACACACAUGACGAAAUUAUUGUUGAACCAACAAGAGACAAAACAAAAAGAAACAAACAAAAACCUUUACAAACAAAUUCCACAAGCAAAGCAAGCAGAAUUUAAGCUAUUUUACAAAUUAAUGUAGAAAAAAGCCAGCGAUGAUAACGAGGGAAAAGAAUAGAGAUUUAAUAUGAACAAAAACACAAAAAUAGUAACAAUUUCAAAUUUCAUCAAAGCGGAGAAGAACCGUUACUUCAAAAUAACAACUAUCACUUUUUCUAUUAAAAAAAAAAAAAAACAUGUUAAGGGGUUUGUUUGCAGCGAGCCGCACUUAACACACCUGAAUUAUUUGUUUUCAUUGUCGUUUCCAAAAAAAAAAGAAAAUCUGUUUAAUCGCAGAAACUGGAGUUCCUUUUUUAGUUUGUAUAUUUUUUAUCAAACGAAGAAAAAAAACUUUCAUUGAUUGUAUACAAUGCUACUGCAGCAAGAAUUUUCUUCCACCCUCUCACUUUUACACUCCUACCACACAAUUACAACGCAAGUACUUUUGAAUUUAUUGUUUUUUUUUUAAUUAUUCGCAAAUCUGAAAUCUUUUUGUAAUUGUAAUGAAAUAAUGGGGAAAAAAUAAACAAAAUUCUGAACAAAAACAAAAUUAGAUGCGUAAAACUUUUUCUAAUAUCAUAAUGGAACCAAUGAUUUAUCUAUCUCAUCACACCACAAGUAUUUGAUAGAAAAUCAUUUAUGAAAACAGCAUAACAUGGAAACAACACACAUGGCCAUCCACUAAAAUAUAUUGAAAAUAUACAUCUUUACUUUUAGAAGAAAGAUUAUAUUUUUGAAAGAAGUUAAAUGAUAAAUUCCUAACUUUCAAUUAGCCGCCUAUUUAAAAAAGAAAAACAUAACAGAAGGUAGAAUUCCAUUACAAUCCAUUGUUUAAUUUGUAAAACUUUAGUUGCAUCUUAAAUAAAAAUAAUAAUAAUAAAAUUGUAUUAACUAAUGAAACGGCAUAACAUUACUGAAUGUUAUGUACUUAAUAGCAUAUCUUGAAAAGUUUAUUUAUGGUAGUUCGCAAAAACGGGUAUUUAAAAGAUCCCGGACAUGGAAUAGGGAUUGACAAAAAGUAAUUGGCAGAACUUAUUUCUCUAUCCUAAUCACACAAUACUGUUUGCAAUUUUCGUUGGUUUUUUU